AUGGAAUUAUUUAACGGAACAAACUACACGUUGUGGGCGUUCAAGAUGAAGAUGUUCAUCACGUCUAAGGGACAAUGGGAGGCAGUGAAUGGUGGAGCGGCCGUCACAGCAUCUCAGGAGUAG